AGUGUCGUGUUGAUCUUCUUCGGACACUCCAACACCAUCAAUCCUUUCAGACUCCCAUUGUCCUCAAACCCUCUUCUCUCAAUCAAUCAAAAUGCAAAUCCUUCAGCUCAAGCAGGCGAUCGCACUUUCGCUGGCCGGCUUUGCAAUUGCCCAUCCCGGAGCCCACGAGCCUAGCUCUUUUACCGAUGUCUCUAAGCGUGCCUUCCUGCACAACGCCCAUCGGAGUCUCAGCCAAUGCGCCGGACAGCUCGAGAGAAGAGGCGUGCACGAACGUGCUGCUUCUCGCCGCGCAGCCUUGUUUGAGAAAAACAAAAAGCGCUCCCUGGGUCUCCGCGACACAGAGACUGUGGUGAACACCUCGCACCACUCGCCCCUCCAUGUGACGCCCAACACUUCCGAGUCGGAGCUCUUUGCGAAGGACCCAGUUUGCAUUCUCGCUCCGGAGGGUGAAGUUGGUCCCUUCUGGGUCAAAGGGGAGCUUAUCCGCCACGACAUCUCUGAUGGUCAAGCGGGAGUGCCCAUCAUCCUCGACGGGCAGUUCAUCGACAUCAACACCUGUGAGCCCAUUCAGGAUCUGUACUGGGACGUGUGGAACUGCAACUCGACCGGCGUCUACUCCGGAGUCCAGAGCAGCAUGAACGGAAACGGCAACGAUGCUUCCAACCUCGACAAGACCUUCCUCCGCGGCAUCCAGAAGACCGAUUCUGACGGUGUCGCUGGAUUCAAGACCGUCUUUCCGGGACACUACUCGGGUCGCGCGACUCACGUCCACGUCAUCGCCCAUGUGGGUGCUCAGGUCCUCGCAAACAAUACGCUGACGGGCGGCCAUAUCCCGCACAUCGGGCAGUUGUUCUUUGACCAGGAUCUGAUCGCGCAGGUUGAGGCGACCUACCCUUACAAUACCAGCACGGUUGCCAUCACCAUGAACGCGGAUGACCAUGUGGUCAAGGUCGAGACUGAGGACAGUGACUCUGAUCCGUUCUUCGAGUAUGCGUUGCUGGGUGAUUCGAUCGAGGAUGGUAUUCUGGCCUGGAUUACUCUCGGUAUCAACGUCACCGCCAGCCACGACUCCAGUGCUACUUGGGCGUCGACUUUGACUUCCUCCGGCGGUGUUACCAACGAGGAUUCUUCCAGCGACGUGGAAAUGUAAGCCGUGCGCCUGCAAGCCAGAAAUGGACUCGUGCCAUGGCUGCGGGGUGCCUCAACUGUCGGCCUUCAAAAAUAUCAAGCUCGUGAUUUGCUAUGCGGUCUCACUCCACUCUACCUCAGGGCUGUUCCCUAUCCGUUCUUUGUUUAGAAAAUAGUUAGAAACUAGUCAGCUCAGAAGACAAAGUUGUUCAUUAUUCGCUACCACAAU